CUUGAAAAAUGAAAUGAUUUAAAAAAAUUAGAAAAUUCGUAAAUAAAAUAAAAAAAAACAAUAGAAUUAUUUUAAUUAAGAAAAUUUAAAACUCUUCUUAUCCAAAACUAAUAAGAGAAAUAUUUAAAACAAAUUUCUCUUAAUAGUUAAUACCACUGAUACCUCUUUUGUAACUGUUUAUAAUAAUUAAAAUCAUGUUUCUUAACUUAAGACCUUUCUUUCAUAUAGAAAAAUCCAUAUCUAAACAUUGCAGAUUCUAUGCUACGAGGAAGAGAUUUUACAGGCGCGCUGAUGUAAUUCAAAACGAUAGGAAUUGGGGAGUUACUUUAGAUCACCGGAAGUUAAAAACUCCUAAUGGACAGUUGUUAACAGUUAAUUCAGAAGAUCUUGCCCGUGCUUUAGCUGCUGAGUGGGAUGCACAGCAAGAUAUAAUUUCACAACCUUCUAUGCAUUUAACGGCCUUGUGUAAUACUGCACUGGAUAACCCUGGCAAGCUAAGCCAGCAUGAUAUUACAAGUUAUUUAAUUGACUUUUUAGCUACAGACACAAUUUUAUUUUACUCUGAUGAGGACGAGGAACUUAAAACUUUACAAGAGAGUAAAUGGGGAGCAGUGCUGGAGUGGUUUCAAAAUAGAUUUAAUGUUGUACAAGAAGUGGCUGUAGGUCUGCAACCACCACCUGUGCCUGUUGAAACUAGAGCUGUUUUAGCCAGGCAUUAUCUAUCCUUUGAUUUUGCAGCUUUAAAUGCAAUAAAUUUUGGAGUGGAAACUUUGAAGUCGCCAAUAUUAAUGCUCGCUUGUGUGGACCGAUACUUACAACCAACAGAAGCCGUGAUGCUUGCAAGAUUAGAGGAAGAGUAUCAGUUGCGCCGAUGGGGCAGAGUUCCUUGGGCUCAUGAGCUGAAUCAAAUGGAGCUAACAGCACGCGUUGCUGCAGCCCUUCUUAUUGUACAGACCUCGACGGACUACCAAUCCGCUAAGGAGAAGAAAAAGGUUUCUGUAUAAAGAAAGUCUAUGUAACGUACCUACUUCUGUAGUAUACUUUAACCCCCUUAUUCAUAAUAGUCUGCUAACUUAAAGCAUUGCUAAUUCUCACUCUGUCUUCUUCUAUAGACCUAAGUCAGAAUGAGAAAAAACACUCCUAAGCGGCUGUUUAAAGUUAGCGGACCAUUAUGAAUAAGGGGGCAAAUAGUUACCAGACAUUGCUUACGACUUAAUGUCGAUGUAAUGAAUGUAUAGAAUCAUUUUAUUGAAAAUAAAAUAAAUGAAUCAAAAUAU